AUGGCUUCUGCUUUGUGGACUUGGGCAAGGUUCCCAUUGUAUUUCGGUGGUGGUCUCGUCAGCUUAGCGGGAGGCGCUUUGUAUUAUUGGCAGAAUGAGAUCAUCUAUCCUCGAAACAUCCCACCAGGUGCCCGGACAGACGUCCCACGACCACCAGCAGUCGGCAUCGAGGACUAUGAAGAGCUCACCCUACCCACUUCUGACGGCGAGAGCUUGAGCGCCUUCCUCGUCCGCCCAGCGAACAAGGCCGCAGCAAGACCUGUGACCAUUCUGACUUUCCAUGGCAACGCUGGCAAUAUUGGCCACCGUCUCCCCAUCGCCCGAAUCCUGGCCAACGACAUCCAAUGUACGACUCUGAUGCUGGAGUAUCGCGGCUACGGCCUGUCUACCGGCAAUCCUACCGAGAAAGGCCUGAUGAUCGACGCGCAAACCGGACUCGACUACAUCCGCUCGCGGGACGAUCUGAAAGGCAACAAAAUCCUCGUGUAUGGUCAAAGUCUGGGUGGUGCGGUCAGUAUCGAUCUCGUCGCCAAGAACAAAGGUACUGGCGACAUCAAGGGUCUCAUUCUCGAGAACACCUUCCUGAGCAUAGCAAAGAUGAUACCAAGUGUGAUGCCUGCUGCAAAGUACCUCACUCCGCUGUGUCACGAGCACUGGAAGAGUGAGGAGAUGUUGCCGCAGAUCACGGAUAUUCCAGUCCUGUUCUUGAGCGGGCUGCAGGAUGAGAUUGUACCACCAGGACAUAUGAAGCAACUGUUCAAGCUCUGCCGAGCGAAGAAAGUCGUUUGGAAGGAACUACCGUAUGGCGACCACAACAACACCGUCGGCGAGCGAGGCUACUUCAACCACAUCGAAGAGUUCAUCCAGGACCAUGUCUUGAAGGGUUGA